AUGAUGGGGAUUGGCGAUGGGCUCGCCAUCCUCUGGGGCUUCUUCUUGGGAUUAUUGGCAUAUGAAAUCUCUUCGAAGAGAUUUCAGAAAAGGAAGAAAGCGAGGGAGCCCCGAAUCAACAUGACAGGACUAUCCGUUCAUCUCCAGUUUCGCGGUAAAGCCGUGCAAGAGAAAUUCAUGUUUCAAACUACCGUGCGCGAACUGACUCGUAACGAGAAAAUGAUUCAUAAGGAGGGCUCGGUAUUACCCCGUGUUUAUCAAAUAAGAUGCGAGGUCUCACACUUCUCCUGCCCUUCUUCGGACCCCUUUCGGCCAAUAAACAACAGCAACUUCACCUUUUCUCCUUCAGAUAUUAUGCUUUUGCGCAGCGGAUCUGUGGUUAUUUGA